CCUUCCCCGGCUCUCCUUCCGGUACCUCAGUAGCGCACAGCUCUCCUAAAAACGCGGCAACCUCCAUCAUCCACGGCAAUCCCCGUCGCGACUUUCUUCCCGACCCGCGCGUCCCCAGUGACACUCUAUCCUUCGCUACAAUUUUGCGCCAACCUCGAAAUACGAUUUCUUACCGAAAGAGGAGAGGAAGAAGAAGAAGAGGGAGAGAAAACAAUAGACCAUGCCGGGUCGCCCACCCAAGCGACCGGCAGAAGCUGGCGAUGCAGCUACUCCCGCCGACGAUGUCGCCUCCACACCUGCGCCCAAGGUGAAGCUGCCGAGACUCGACAAGGGCGGCCAAGAAGACUUCUCGUCCGUUGUCAAGAAUCGCCUGUCGUCUUACACGAGGACCGGUCAGGCCUGCGACAGAUGCAAGGUCAGGAAAAUUCGAUGCGAUGCCCUUCCCGAAGGAUGCUCCCACUGCAUCAGCCAGAAUCUCGACUGCUUCGUUACCGAUCGCGUCACCGGCCGAACCGAAAGAAGAGGCUACCUCCAAGAGCUCGAAAGGGAAAAGACCGACAUGAUGAACCACAUUCGCGAACUCGAGAAGCUGCUCGAGAAUAACGGCACCGAGGUCAAACCGUACCAAUGGUCCCCAUACGCCAUCAACUACCCGACUCCUGGCGCAACCUAUGACCACAUGGGCAACGCCGUCGAAGACCCCAACGAGAAGGAUGCCUGGACCAAGGUCGGUUCCGUCUGGGUCAAGAACUACAACUACAAACCUGCCGGUGGUCGCUCGUUCCCUCGAUCAACGCUCGAGUCACGUCCCGUCCACAAUCAUCUGGGCGUUGGUUCUGACAACGCGCCCCUCAGCUCAAUCAAGGGCACUCAGCUGUCCAUUCUAGGAACGACAAUCGACGUCACCUCUUUCGAUGCCCCCGAUAUCGACGAGCCGAUACCAGACGCCAAGGAUGCGCAGCCUCUGUACAACAAGUCUCUACAAUCAUUCCUCCAGUCCAGCAUGAACGUCAAUCCUACAGUUAAUAUCGAGCUUCCUUCAAGGAGCGACGCUUUCACUUAUUCUGAAUGGUACUUUCUCAUGAUUUGGCCUUUUCUGCCAGUCCUGCACAAGCCUAGCUUCAUGAACAUACUUACCCGUAUGUACGACGAACCCGGCUUCGAAGCAAGUGUGCCUGACCAGGUCAUGGUACACAUGGUUUUUGCGACCAUUUACUUCCAAUACGGCGUGCGAAACUGGGAGCAGCAGGAAACACGAUCCCAACUCAACGAACUGUCCAACAAGCACUAUCACUACGCUCUGAGCAAGAUGUUUGACUUGGCAUCCUCGCAAUCAGUGGCAGCGGUUCAGGCCAUGGCGAUGAUCUGCGCUCACAGUCGUAGCUUCCCCAAGCCAGGGUGCGGAUCCAUGGUCACCAACUUUGCCUUCCACCGCGCCAUCGACCUAAAUAUGCACCGCGCCAUGAAGGGGCCAGGCGAGACGACGAAUCUCGAGAACGAGAUCCGUAAGCGCACUUGGUGGACCAUUCUUCUCGUCUAUGUCACCCUGAACGGGCGCCUUGGGCGGCCUAUGCCUAUCACGGUUGAGGAGUACGAUGUCGAGUUUCCCGAGCCGAUCGCCGACGAGGCCCUGACACCAGACGGCGUCGACCCCUCGGUAACCACGCCGUGUACGUAUCACGUUGGGCUGGCAGGCUUCAAGAUCUUGCCAUUAUUCAUGGAGAUGUACUCCAACAUCUACAGUGUCAAGCGCGACCCUAAGAAUUACGUUGAUGUUGUCAACUCUCUAGAAGAGCAGCUUCGUCUCUGGAAGGAAAACCUCCCCGAAUCGCUCCAAAUCAACCCAGGGCAAACUGAGCAUGAAGGCCGUAUGUAUGCCCUGUACAUACAGAUGUACGCCCUUGAGCUUCGAUUGUGUCUACGCCAUCCAUCCGUGGCCAUGACCACCGACCGCAAGUUUCUCCUCGAGAAUGCCCGCAUAUGCGAAGAAACUGCUGCGCACAUGCUCAAUGCUGUCAAGAGCCUCGUGAAGCUGAAGUCUCUCGAUACUACGUGGUACCAAAUGGCUGUCUACGGUGCCGCCAUUUUCACCACAUUGGUUGCCCAUUGGGAACGAAGGUUCGAGGCAACGCCUAACCAGAUUGCAAACCUUCGAGAGGAGAUGAAGGAUUGGAUGGAGAUCAUCAAUGCCACUGUCUCGCUACUGGGAACUGGCGCGCGUAUCAGUAACGAAAUCAGUGUCAUUAUCGAAAGGACAAUCAGCUGGAUUGAACACGACCAAAAACAAAGAGACUCGUCGUCCCUUCCCCCAGCGAUCAAGACCGAACCAUCAACGGCAGAGGCGUCACCUUUUCAGCUUACUUCCCAGCCUCAAGCAGCGCAGGCCCUAGCCGCAAGUGCCGACGAAGUGGCCACGAAGGCAUUCUACCCUGACGCGGAGGAUCAGAAUGGGACAACUCCAUACCCUUCGCUAGCUUACACCGAGCAACCACCAAGCAACAACACCAUGGCAUCGACGAGUAAUUUUGAGGUAAACAACGGAUACGCGUAUACGCCUGCGGCGACGCAGCCCACAAACGGGGAGGACAACACGGCUGAGACCAAUCCACUGAUUGCGUUCGCAUCCCAAGCCACUCAACACGUUGCAGACCCGGCCGGCUCUGCGGCUGCGGCGGAGCUCCUCUGGAGACAAUCAGCGUCACAAGGGAAUACCUGGCACGACUGGACAGCGGCAAUGGCAGACAGCCAAGAUAGAUACAGCGCUAAUGCCCUGUUGACCCUGGGCGGCGGGUCUAGGGAUCCGACUGCUGUGACUGAGGCGGCGACGGCGGCCGAUAUGGCUUCUGUCACAGCUCCCGUCGGCCAAUGGCCGCUCAUCAUCUUUGACGGCGCGGGAGCUCCAGGAGGACAGUAGACAGAAGUUUCUGUUCUGACGUCCAUGUUUACACUUGCAAGCGUUUUUUGAUAUGUUUCUCUCGUUCAUAUAUUAUCAUGGAGCUACUUUAGGCGUCUACUCGGGGUCUCUUUUCCAGACCAGACAACAUGCUGCGGCUCAGCAAUGGGGGUAAAAGGAUAGGGGACUAUGGACACGAGUCGAAUGGUUCGACUUGGUAUCCGGGGGCAAUCCAAACGACCCCGAUGGGUUUCGGCGUUUCAUGGUUCAUUCCAGCAGCGAUCGUUGCAUGAUGUAGACCCAGCAAUACCCGGCUGCAAGCAAACAAUAUGCAGCGUUUUAUAGGCGUAAUUUCAAUGGUGCUAUCUCUCUCAAGACUUCAUGUGGUCCUAUAAAGACUUGCGAACUACACGGUGACUCUUAAGCAAUACUACCCGGAGCUU